AAUUAUAUAACGGAUCUGGAAAAAAUAAAUAUAUGCACACUGUCAUGUAUUCUACGGAAAACCGUAUCGGUGACUCUUUGGUGAGAAAAAAAUCGAGAUUCAAAAAUAUGGUCCUAUUUGCCUUAUUGUUAUACAUCCUGAUCCUUAUGGUGUUGAUUUCUCUCCUACAAGUCAAUCAAUGCCAAAACAUCAAUAUUAACAACAAUUACGACUCGCCCAAUGAUCAAAAUCACUUUUCUUACUAUUAUUAUACCAAUUUAUUGUGUACCGGAACUUACAGCAGUUUUAGCGGAUUCAGGUCAGAUGGGGAAACGAAUAACAUCGACAACUCGGUCAUGGAAAAAAACGUAGAAGAUUGGAGAAUCAUGAAGCGGACCAUAGAAAUGGUUGGAAAUAGGUAUUUCAGCAAUUCGGAGAAGCAGAGGACUAUACCAUUUCUCAUAGAUCUGACCAACUUUGAAUACCUAAUAGACAAUGACAUAUGCGGCACCAAGGAUGUCUAUAUGCUCAUAAUGAUACACACGGCUCCAAAAAAUUUUGAAGAACGAAUGGCUAUAAGGACUACUUGGGCAUCUACGAAUAUAUUCAAACACAUAUCGAUAAAAUUGACAUUUUUAUUGGCUGCCAUCAUAGAAAUUCCAUUUAACUCGACGACUUCCGGACCAAUUCAGUUGGAGAUAGAACGCGAAAAUUCAAUUUACGGAGACAUAAUUCAAGGAAAUUUUAUCGACGCCUAUCGUAAUCUUACUUACAAAAACUUGAUGGGUAAACGCUGGGCAGCCGAGCGAUGCCCACAAGCCCUCUACAUUUUAAAGGCUGAUGACGACAUGUUCGUGGAUAUGUUUCAACUAGUGGCAUUCCUAGAAGAUGAAUUUCCCGGGCCGAGUUCUGAUAGGUUCGCCCAAAUCGUUUCCAGUAGUCCGUCUCAAUUAGUCUCCCCACCCCCCGAUCUCCUCAUGUGUUACUUGUUUCCGUCUAGUCCGGCAGUUUCGGACGAAACUCACGCCAACGCUAAAUGGCUUGUCUCUUCCUCAGAAUACGCUUCCGAUACUUACCCACCGUAUUGUUCGGGCCGAGCUUACAUUACGACCCCCAGAUUAGCUUUGAGGUUAUGGGCUUCUUCCCUGGGUGACCGAUACUUUUGGAUAGAUGACGUUUACGUCACGGGAAUACUACCCGCGAGAUUGAAGGUAACUCACAUGGAAGUCAACGAUCUGUACAACUUAUAUGAUCCGGUUCGGACGCUGGAAUGGGCCGCUAAUGGUGCGCCAGAGCCCCUUAAACAAAUAUUCGCUUACGCGGAACAUGGGCACUUCACUUUCCCCCGACUUUGGAAUAAAACCAUGUCUCAACAUCGCAAUUACAACAUGGACGGACAUGAGAGAGUUAAGAUCGCUAUAAAAGACCUAAAGACAAACGAAAAAACUAACCUAAAAGCUAACCAUAAUAACAAAGAGUAAGCUAUCGGGAAUGCGCAUAAACGAAUUGUCAAAGAAAAAGAUAUAAAUGAUUUGUUUCUAAAAGGGAUCGCGCAAA